AUGACGGCACUCCGCGGCUCCUGCUGGACAUUGGUGCGCCGAAGAGGGGGGAAGGGGGUGGGGGGAAGAAGGGGGGAGGGGGGUGGGGGGGUUGGAGAGGGUUGUGGCUCGCGGGUGAGUGGGGAGGCGUUAUCUGAGGAAGGGAACAACUGGGUGGGGCUUAUUCCCCCAUUCCCCAUCCCCUGCUCACUUUCCCCCAUCCCCUGCUCGCUUUCCCCCCAUCCCCUGCUCGCUUUCCCCCAUCCCCUGCUCGCUUUCCCCCAUCCCCUGCUCGCUUCCCCCCAUCCCCUGCUCGCUUUCUCCCCAUCCCCUGCUCGCUUUCCCCCAUCCCCUGCUCGCUUUCCCUCAUCCCCUGCUCGCUUUCCCCCAUCCCCUGCUCGCUUUCCCCCAUCCCCUGCUCGCUUUCCCCCAUCCCCUGCUCGCUUUCCCCCAUCCCCUGCUCACUUUCCCCCAUCCCCUGCUCGCUUCCCCGCCCCCCCAGGUUGCGGCUCGGGGCUGAGCGGGGAGGCGUUAUCUGAGGCAGGGCACCACUGGGUGGGGCUGGACAUCUCGCCCGCCAUGCUGGACGUGGCAGCAGAGCGGGCAGUGGAUGGUGAUCUCAUGCUCUCUGACAUGGGGCAGGGCCUUCCGUUGCGCAACGCUGUUUUUGACGGGGCCAUCAGCAUUUCAGCAGUGCAGUGGCUGUGCAAUGCCGACAAGUCCUCCCACAAUCCGCGCCUGCGCCUCAAGGCGUUCUUCCAGUCGCUGUACCGCUCACUGGCUAGGGGCGGCAGGGCGGCGCUGCAGAUCUAUCCCAACGGGGCGCCGCAGCUGGAGAUGAUUUCCAAAGCCGCCAUGCAGGCCGGCUUCUCAGGGGGGCUCGUGGUGGACUACCCACACAGCACCCGAGCCAAGAAAUACUUUCUAUGUCUCGUAGCUGGCCCUGCAGGUAGCCGCCCAAUGCCCAAGGGUAAAGGGGGCGAUGGGGAGAGUGAGGAGAGCGAGGAUGAGGACGGUAGCGACGAGAGUGAUGGGGAAGGGAGGACUGUGGGUUAUGAGCAGCGGCAGAGGCAACGGCCUGGGAAGAAGCAGAAGCUGAAUGGGAAAGGGGCUAAGGGAAGGAAUUGGGUGCUGAAGAAAAAGGAGCACCGGCGGCAGCGAGGAGACAUGGAUGUUCCCAGAGACACAAAGUAUACUGCACGGAAAAGAAAGUCACGGUUCUGA